AUGAUCGAGCUCGUCGCUCUCGAGUCUAGAGAGCGGCUCGCGGCUCUCGAGCCGCUGUCGCUUACGUCCGCCGCCGAGUGCGCCAGACGCUCGGGCUUCUGCUCGCUCGCGCGAGUGCGCGUCGCGGCGCGGCUAGCCGGCGAUCGCUCGGCCUCGGCCGGUCGCUCGAGGGGCGCGUCUGCCUCUGCGACCUCUGCGCCGGCCGCGCUCGCUUCUCCUCGCUUAUCGCGGGGCGCGCGGCUGGCGCAGGCGCGAGUUGAGCCGGUUCUCUUCGUGCUCUCUGGCGCUCGUCGCGCGGCUCUGGCGCUCUUCGUUCGUCUGCUCGUCGCGUCUCGCUUCGCUAGUCGCUCUGUCCUCUUCGUCUACUUCUACGUGUGUAGUUUUUAUCUCCUUUUGGAUGUUCUUCUCUUUUCUUCUUUCUGCGCGCUGCGCGUCGUCCUGUCUCUCGCUCGGCCUGCGUCCCGCUCGCGCUUGCUAUCGUGCUUUGUGCCGCUCGGCGCCCGUAGCUCUCUGUCGUGUCCGCUGUCGUCUAUGUUGGCCGGACGCUGCUCGGUCGGCGCGCUCGCGGGAAUUUUGGGAUGGGGGGGUGGGGGGGGGGGGGGGGGGGGGGUGUUUUGGGGUUUUUUUUGGGGUUUUGGGGUGGUGUUGGUGUUGGUGUGUGUUUGGGUUGUGGGGGUGUGGGGGGGUGUAGUGUUUGGGUGGUGGUUUGGUUGGGGGGGGGGGGGGGGGUGGGGGUUUAUUGUUGGGGGAGUGUGGGGGGGGGGGGGGGGGGGGGGUGGUGGGGUGGGGGGGUGGUGUGGGGGGGGUGGGGGGUGGUGUUGGAGGGGGGGGGUUGGGGGUGGGGGGGGGGGUGGGUGGGGGGGGGUGUGGGGGGGGGGGGGGGGGGGUGGGUGGGGGGGUUGUGGGGGGGGGUGUGUGGGGUUGUUGGUGGUGUUGUUGGGGGGGUGGGUGGGGUUGGUGUGGGGGUUGGUGGGGUGGUUGGGUUGGGGGUGUGGUUUGGGGUUGUGUGGGGUGUUGGGGGGGUGUGUGGGGGGGGGGGGUGUGUGUGGAGGGGGGUUGUGGGUUUGGUUUGUGGGUUGUUGGGUGGUUGGUUGGGGAGGGGUUGGUGGGUGGGGGGGGGGGUGA